AUGAGACAUUCCCGAGCCACCUUGAAGGGUCUGACUAGACUCUCUUCGAGGCUUCACACUCGCGCCCCUCGAAGGAGGAUCUCCCGCUUGCCGAUCCUCCCGCAUCGACAGCACCGCCACCUCUUUACGUCCUCAUCCAAGCGCGAUGCCAAGCAGGACCAACAACGAUCUACGUUGCCCGUUGCAGUAAUCACCGGCGGACUUUUCAUCUGGUGGCUUUACCCUUCUGACGACUUUGCACAGCUUUCAAGCAAGAAGGGGAAGGGCAGGCAACGCCAGGAGCAUCAAGAGCAGCACCAGGAUACGCAGAAGAAGCCAGAUGACGCCUCCAGCCCUGAAGAUGACCAGCCCGCCUGGACCAACUUUGCCCGUCGCUUCGAGGCCUUUUGUACGAUAAACGAUGUCGAGUUUUCGACCUUUUCCGACAAGAUUGUCAACUACUUCCUCCCAGAGUGGUCUAGAAUGAUACCCGGCUAUGUUCGAAAGCUUCAGCGCGAAUUGUCCAUGUCACCAGGCUCUCUGGCCGAUGAGAUUUGGAAAGACGCACAUGAUCCUUUGGUCAAUCCUGAAAUCCGGUACUCUGCCGAGGUUCGCGUUUCAUCCGAACUUUGCGAUGAAGAAAAGGCCUAUCUGGCGAGACGAAAGCGAGUCGCCCGGAUAGGCUUGGCAAGGUACCUCGGACUCGAGGAGGAUGAGGUUCACCCCGACGAUGUUCCAACCAUUGCCAUGUGCGGUUCCGGCGGAGGUUUGAGAGCACUCAUUGCUGGUACUGGUUCAAUACUGGCAACUGAAGAAGAUGGACUGCUUGACUGUGUGACCUACACCUCUGGUGUGAGUGGUUCAUGCUGGCUUCAGGCACUCAAUCUUACUUCAUUCAACAAGGGAAGCGUUAGCAACCUUUUGGAACACCUCAAGGCCAGGGCAUCAACGCACAUUGCCUAUCCUCCAGUGGCUUUCCAAUCUCUCGCCUCGAUGCCAACCAACAAGUACCUCCUCAGCGGUAUGGUAGAGAAGCUCAAGGGUGAUCCCAAGGCUGAUUUCGGCCUGGUCGACGUGUACGGUGUCUUGCUAGCUGCAAGAUACUUGGUGCCCAAGGGAGAUCUCGGGGUUAACGACCGCGACUUCAAACUCUCCAACCAGCGUCAGUACAUUCAGUAUGGACAACUUCCUCUGCCCAUUUACACUGCUGUGCGUCACGAGAUACCAGACCUGCCGGCAUCCACGUCGCAAAACCCUAUCGAAUCUGAAAUAGCCAAGGAAGAGGCUAAGAAGGAGGCUUGGUUCCAAUGGUUCGAAAUCACUCCUUAUGAGUUCUUCUGCGAAGAAUUUGGAGCUGGAAUUCCUACCUGGGCUCUUGGUCGCAAGUUCAACGAGGGCAAAGAUGUCCCUCCUGAGCAUGGCUUCCACCUCCCCGAGAUCCGAUUGCCUCUCCUGAUGGGCGUCUUCGGUAGUGCUUUCUGUGCCACGCUCAGCCACUACUAUCGAGAGAUCAAGCCUUUGGUUCAGGGCUUGGCUGGGUUUGGAACCAUUGACGAACUCAUCUCAACUCGUGAUGACGACUUGGUCAAGGUUCACCCCAUUGAUCCCGCGAGGAUACCCAACUUUGCCUACGGCAUGCAUGGCAAACUUGAAAAGACCACUCCUACUAGCAUCUACGACAACGAGUACAUCCAACUCAUGGACGCUGGAAUGUCCAACAACCUGCCCAUCUACCCCCUGCUCCGACCUGGCCGUGACGUUGACGUUGUCAUCGCAUUCGAUGCCUCAGCCGACAUCAAGACGGACAACUGGCUCUCUGUCGCGGAUGGAUAUGCCCGUCAACGUGGUAUCAAGGGCUGGCCUGUGGGAAUCGGUUGGCCAAAGGAAGGGGAGACCGCCUCUCAAGUCGCUAAGGAGCUCGACGAUGCCCAGGCCAAGUCUACCUACGAGGCAGAGGCCAAGCUUCAAGAAGCUAAGCAGGAGCAGAAGGAACUCCGCAAGGAGGCUCAUGAAGAAGGAAAGGCUGUCAUGGCCGAGGAUGAAAAGACCAAAUUUGAGCACGGAGACCAAGAGUCUGGUGACUUGGGAUACUGCACCGUCUGGGUCGGAACCAACCAAGAGCGUAGCUCCGAGCCACCUCCUCCAUCCAAGGCCAUCUCGGGUCCGACAUCGUGGAAGCUCAUGGAGCCCGAUGCUGGCAUUACCGUCGUCUACAUGCCCCUCCUCUCCAACGAGAAGGUGCCCGGUAUUUCCCCUGGGUCUACCGACUUCCUGAGCACCUGGAACUUCAUCUAUACCCCUGACCAGAUCGACAGCGUAGUCAAGCUGGCACGGGCAAACUACGAAGAGGGCAAGCAACAGGUCCGAGACACUGUCCGGGCAGUGUAUCAGCGGAAGAAGAAGCUUCGUGAGGCUGCUGAGAAAUCUCAGCGCCAGGACAGGUAUAGAGCUCUCAUGCGGAGAGGCGAGGGAGUCCGAUUAGGCCAGGGGGAUCAUUUCAGUUGA